UAUGCGAGAUAAGCACACCUUUAAUGCGCAAGGUCGCAAUAUGAUGUGAGAUACAGAAUAACCAGGUUUUGUAAUAAAAUACGAAAUUUCUCCCAGAGCUUUAUAUGUUGACAAAAAUGGCUGUAUUUCUGAAGAUCACCAAUGCUGGAUUUACCAAACUAAAUAUGACUUGUACGGUUAUUAUUUUAAUAUACUGUUCCAAUUUCUGGACGAGUAUUGUAGCUUCUUCGGAUUCAAUAUACGACUCAUCCAACGACCGUACAACGAGGUCGAACAAAGAUAUUCCUGAUCCCAAUAUUGCACUUGAAGGACAAUGUGUUGUGGUAUGCGAUGCAAAGGUGGUGGGAUUGAAACAAGCGUCGGACGACCCAAAACCUUUGAAGACAAACCGUGUUGAAUUGGAUUCUACCGGCGAUGACAACAUUUCCGACCCUCCGACUAACUUUUGGGAUAAAAUAUCUGGACCUGUAUGCGAUGGGCUGGUUAAUGUCGGCCGACGCAGUAGAAAAGUUGCAUUUUCAGCAAAACGAAGUAUUGACCUUACUGCGCCAGAUACAGCUAUGAAUGGGAAAACAACCGUUACUUUUGAUCACGUGUUGGUGAAUAUUGGAAACGGGUUCAAUAUGGAGAGCAGCACGUUUGUGGCACCUGUUAGUGGAGUUUAUUCCUUGUAUUUUCAAGUCUACAGACUGUACAACAAAAAUCCGCUAACCAUCGACCUUCAUGUCAACGGAAUUCCGGUUUUACGUGGAUUUGCAGACGGAGAGAGUGCUAAUCAUAAUUCUGCGCACAACAGUGGGAUGAUACAUUUAGUAGCACUUGAUCGUGUUGAUGUCAAAGUCAGUGGUGGGAACUUGGACAGCGGAUGGAAAUAUUCUACUUUUUCGGGAUAUUUAGUUUUUGAGGACGAAAAUUUUUAAUUUUAGUCAUCUCAAUUUUUCUCUACUGUAGCGAACGAGAAAUUCGUCACUGGUCGUCCAGAUCUUUAAUAAAAUAUUAA